AAAGAUUUUCAAAUCAGAAUUUUGUGAAAUAAUAAGUGCUAUAAAAAUCAAAAUUACUUCUGGCGUUAGUUUAAGUACUCAAAGUUAAAUCUUAUCCAAAGCUUGCAUUAAGGAAUUUAUUGUCGAAGAAUAACACUGAAUGUAAGACUUCAAAUGAAACUCCAAGGAGUUGACGGCACAACCAAAACGCAAUAGAAAAGGGAGUAAAAUGAUGAACAUGAAUCCGCCGACGCACCCGCACCCGCACCCGCAUUCCCAACUCCAGCCGCUGCCGCAUCUGGGCCAGCAUCAUCAACUGCCCGGGCUGCUUCAAGGCCACCCCAGCACCACCCACUUCGUCGAGUGCCGAGCAUUACCAGCAAUCAACGAGACAUUUCCGCAAUUUGGCCAGCAUCGUCCGGCAAUUUCGCUGCUCUCCCCUCUGGAUCUUUCCUUGCGGGCUGCGGCCAGUGUGGUGCCAAUUACUCCACCAUCGACGCCCUCGCCGCCCCGCAAGCGCCAGAGAUUAAUGUCCGAGGAGAAUUACCUGUGGCGUCCGCACAUGGCAAGUCCGGCGGCUCCAGUUAAUGUUCCUUCGGCCCUUGCAAUGCAGCCAGGCAGUAGCUACUUUCAUCAUCAUCAUCAGCAGCAGCAACAGCAACAGCAGCAACAGCAACAGCAGCAACAGCAACAUCAGCAACAACAGCAGCAACAGCAACAGCAGCGACAGCAACAUCAUCAGCCAUAUGCCAUACGCAACAACUUUGAGGGCGCUUCCUUUAAUAAAAGUCAUUUUCACGGGGAGAAAAAUAACUUAGAGCAAAUUCCGGCGGGUCAAUCGAGCGUCAGCUCGCCCAUCUACGUGGAGGAUGAGACCAUUGUGCUGACCGAGGACGAGGAUGAAACAGUUGUCAGUUCCCAUGACUACAAUGAGUACGCCACGGACACGGAGGAAGUCAACGAGGGCGACGAUGUGACACUGCAAGUUCAAGUCAGCGAUAAUGCCCAGGAUGAUGAGGAGGAGGAGGUGUUCGUAGAUGUCCUGGGCGAUGAUGACGACGAGGAUGAGGGUGAGGCGGUGGACCCGGCCACAAGAUUGCAGGCCCAACUCCAGGAGACUACGGCCCUGAAGCGCAACGAACUGCUGUACGAGGAUGAGACGCUUCACAACCAGGCCGUCGAUGGUCUGGCCAGACUCUUUGAGCGCGAUUUCCCAGAGCCAGUGGUGGAUGUUGGUGAACUGGCGGAAGUGCAGAGCAACAGCGGGAAAACCUACACGGAUCUGAGUGGCGUGGCAACAGUGGAGAUUGGGGAUACUAGUUCGCCCGGCCUGUCACCACCUCCUCCUCCGCAUGCUCCUCCGCAUGCUCAUCCUCAUGCUCAUCCGCAUGCUCCUGCUCCUGCUCCCGCUCCUGCUUCCGCUCCUGCUUCCGCUCCUGCUCCGCUUCUACCACCAAUGCGACCCCACAAGCCCGAACGCAAGAAGUCGAAACUCCGGAAACAUACGGCAAUCGAUGAGGAGACCAUAAGCCCCGUCUCCGGCACCAUCAUCCGCAAAUUGCGCGACGACGAGGAGCUGGUGGUGCGCAAAGGCGACAUUGAUCCGGCUUUCAACGUGGUCGAAAUCACCGAGGAGGCCAAGGCCAUCCUGGCCAGCAUCGACAACAAGAUUGGCGACUACAUGUGCCAGCUUUGUCGCACCGUCUACGACGACGCCUUCAUGUUGGCCCAGCACCGCUGUCCCCGCAUCGUCCACAUUGAGUACAAGUGCUCCGAGUGCGAGAAGGUCUUCAAUUGCCCGGCCAACUUGGCCUCCCAUCGCCGAUGGCACAAACCCAAAGCAGACGCUGGCGGCGGUUCAGGUAAUCCCAGCAAGAAGCGCCUUGUCGACACGGCAGAUCUUACGCAGGAGUCUGGACGAGGUGGCGACGAUGCCAGCGAUGGCGUAUAUCCCUGCCCCAUAUGCGGAAAAACAUUCAGACGGCAAGCUUACCUAAAGAAACACCAGGUCUCCCAUCAGAUGCUGGAUAAUCUGAAGAGCCUCGAUUUCUUCAAGGCACAGCAGCAGCAGAUGGCCAUUAAUAGCCACCAACUGACCGAUCAUGUCCAGCUGCAGCAGACGCCAGGUGGACAGGCGGUGUCUGCUGUCACACCCUACAACUCCAUGCCACGCCCACCGCAGGGAAUGCCCCUCUACCCGCCCCCGAAUGGUAAGAACUACGGGGCUGGUCAGCGGGGAUUUCCCGGCUUUCCCUUUCAGCCAUUCGACCAGCGGCGUUUCUAUUCGCUUGGAGAAUUCUACCUAUCACAGCAUCUGGAGCGCUCCUCGGCCUUCCAAUAUGUGCAGGCCAAUCACCUGAGGCAAUUGUCGAAUGUGGCCCAAACGCUGAUGCCGCCACUGCCGGUCAAAUGACCCAAUCCCAAUACGAAUGUCCUGCGGCCUGUGCCCCGCAUUGCUGCCACAACAACUGCAACAGGAGCUCCGGCGGCGACGGCGACCAGCAGACAAGUGGCAACAUCCGCGGCGGUGUCCUCCGGCUGCCACGCCUUCAAUUGGGUGGCUCCUUUGACUGCAAGUGCAACUGCAACGGGAAAUGCAACUGCAACUGCCACGGCAACACCUGUCGAGUCCGGCGGCAAUGUUAUCA